CCGAAACUUCAUCCAGUUGUAGAAGUGCCUACGGCAACACAUUCGCAUUCAUUCUUCCGACCCUCCCCAUUGCAACGAAAGCCACCCCCGAUAUCAUUCUCUGUGCUUGAUCUUAACUCGAACCAAUCAAGCCGUCACCACCUUGAAACAUAACAAUGGCCGACCACGACGACAAGAUCAGCAGCUUCUGUGAGCUGACCGGAGUUGCUACUGAUGCGGCUACAGAGUACCUGAACAAUUACGACUGGGACAUGGAUGCUGCCGUCGCCGCAUACUAUACGGAUCAAGACAACAGUGCCUCGAACACCGGAGCUGCCCCUGCUCCUGCUCGUGCCAGCGCCGCGGCGCCCCCCGAGUAUAUUGGCCCCAGGACUCUCGACGGCCGCCCCGCUCCCCAGUAUGCGCAAUCAUCCUCUUCGGCUCCCAAGAAGACCCAAAAACGCACUGGCCUUGCAACCCUGAGUUCCAUAGGGGGCCGACGCGACGAAGAUGACGACGAGGACGAGGACGAUGAGGAAGAUGAAGGUCGCGGACCUAGGGACUUGUUUGCUGGUGGCGAGAAGUCGGGCUUGGCUGUCCAGGACCCUAGUCAACGUGAACCCAACAGCGACACCAGAAGGCUUCUCCAAGAUAUUCUGGCCAAGGCUAGAGAGAACUCUCGUGCCGGUGGCAAUAGCCCCGAUGAUGAAGAAACCGGAGCCGGAACCGCGAGACCUACCCGCUUCCGCGGCACUGGUAUGACGCUCGGCGGUGACGGCGUUGAGUCUCGACAAAUCCCCACUGUCGAUUCGAAUACCUCUGCCCCGCCCCGCCAGCUUGAAGGUCCAACCCAGGAAAGAACGUUGCAUAUUUGGAGCAACGGAUUCAGCGUCGAGGAGGGUCCGCUUUAUCGCUUUGAUGACCCGGCCAACCAGGCCGAUUUGGCCAUGAUCCGUGCUGGCCGCGCCCCGCUUCGCCUUAUGAAUGUGAGGCCUGAUCAGCGUGUGAACGUCAAGUUGGAGCAGCAUCAAGAGGAGUGGAGGCAGCUGCCCAAGAAGUACGUCCCCUUCAGUGGCGAGGGCCGCCGUCUGGGAAGCCCUGUUCCAGGAGACGGAUCAGGCUUUGUUCCUCCUGCUGCUGCAGCCGCAGGUACCGCUGUUGCUUCUGCUCCUGCUACUAGUGGCUCGGCUCAAGCUCCCUCAACUGGCGUGGAUGAGUCGCAGCCAACAGUGAUGCUGCGUAUCCAGUUGCCCGACGGUAGCCGCCUCCCGGCUCGAUUCAACACGUCGCAGACGAUUGGCGAUGUCUACGACUUUAUCCAGCGCUCUUCGACGUCUCUUUCAGCCCGACCCUGGGUUCUUUCCACGACCUUCCCCAACAAGGACCACGCCGACAAGUCUCUGGUUCUGGGUGACACCCCGGAAUUCAAGAGAGGCGCUGCUGCUGUCGUCAAGUGGGUUUAAGGGAUAUAAGUGGCAUGGGCAUGGUAUUUCCAGGGGUUUUAAUGGGUAAAGGGGCGUUGUUUACGGGCACAUUACAGGCCAACAUAGCAAGCAAAUCGAGGCUAGACAGUAAUUAGUUUCGUCUGUAGAUUCAAAAGACGGAAGCUCUAA